CGGGGGAGAAGAGAGGGGGGGACAGCCACGGGGAGGGGCGGGCCCGGGCACCGCAGCCCCCCGGCGGUAAGGGCAGGGGGAGCAACAAGGCGGGGGUCCAGUGAGGGGAGUGUCACAUAGACUGGCGCUGAGUGGCUUCUCCCCUCCGCAGGGCAAAGGCGUCCCCGUCCCCGACGGCGGGAAGGCUUUGCGGUGGUGCUGGUGAUGGAGGGGGGCCGGGGCUGAGCUGCCCCCCCUCGGAAGGCAGCGCCAUGUGAGCGGCAGCCGCCGUCCGGGAUGUGAGGAGCCGCCCGGCCCCGCUGCAUCGCCCCGGGAGCCUCCCUCGUUCCCUCCCCCCCGAGGGCCUCCGCGCCGGAGGCUGAGCGGCGGGCAGCAUGACCGAGGUGAAGGCCAAGGAGCCCGGAGCGCCUUCGUCCGCCCGAGACGGGGCGGUCCUGCUGCAGGGCCACCCCGGCCGCGGAGAAGCGGAGGCCAUCGACAUCGCCCUGGACGGGCUGCUCUACCCCAGGAGCAGCGACGAGGAGGAGGAGGACGACGAGGAGGAGGAGGAAGAGGAGGAGGAAGAGCGGCGGCGGCAGCAACGGCAGCCGGGGGAGGAGGACCGGGACUCCCUCUCGUACCGGCCGGGGAGCGGCUCCCUCCCUGAUAAGGACGCCCUGGACAGCGUCCUGGACACCUUCCUGACCCCCGCGGCUCAUGCCUGGUCCUUCUUGGGGCCGGAGGUCCCGGAGGCUCCCGGCGCCCCCAUGAGCCGCGGCCCGGAGCCGAAAUCGGCCGAAAGCGCUGCGGGGGCUCCGGCUGCCAGCCCCCCGCAGCCUCCUCCGCGGCUCUGGCCGGGGGGGGACGCCCUGGCGGCCGCCCUUAAACCGCCCCCGGGCACCGAGGGUCCCGCCGCGACCCCCCGGGGCAAAGCCCCCGGGCUGGGGGCGCUGCCCCCCCAGGAGCGGCCCUUCCCCGCCGGCAGCCGCCGGCCGGAGCAGGGCUUAGGCUCCGGGGGGAGCCUGGCCUCGGCCCCGGCGGCCUCCCCGACGGCGGCGGAGCACGAACCGGGAGCGGCACCGGGACCGUGCCCGGGGCAGGACUACCUGCAUGUGCCCAUCCUGCCGCUCAACUCUGCCUACCUGGCCUCCCGCACCAGGCAGCUGCUGGACGUGGAGGCUGCGUACGAGGCCAGCGCCUUCGGGCCCCGCACCUCGCCCUCCGCCCCCGCCCCGGAUUUCGCGGAUUACGGCUACCCGCCGGCCGACGGCAAGGAGGGACCCUUCGCCUACGGCGACCUCCAGCCCGCUCUGAAGAUCAAGGAGGAGGCCGUCGGGCUGCCCGCUCCGUACCUGGGAGGCAAGGCAGCCUCCGCCGACUACCUGCAGCCCCCCCGAGCCGCCCAGGAGUCCUCGCUGGAGUGCGUCCUCUACAAGACCGAAGCCUCCUCCCUGCUGCCCGCAGCCUACGGGCCGCCGGUGCCGCCCGACAGCCUCCCCUACACCUCGGCCUCCGCCGCGCCGCCGGGCCUCUACCCGCCGCUGGGCCUCAACGGGCACCAACCCCUGGGCUUCCCGGCGGCCGUGCUGAAGGAGGGCUUGCCCCAGCUCUGCCCGCCCUACCUCGGCUAUGUGCGGCCAGAUACAGAAUCCAGCCAAAGUUCUCAAUACAGUUUUGAAUCUCUACCCCAGAAGAUUUGUCUCAUCUGCGGUGAUGAGGCUUCUGGUUGCCACUAUGGAGUACUUACCUGUGGAAGUUGUAAAGUCUUCUUUAAAAGGGCAAUGGAAGGGCAGCACAAUUAUUUAUGUGCUGGAAGAAAUGACUGCAUAGUUGAUAAAAUUCGUAGGAAGAAUUGUCCAGCAUGUCGCUUGAGGAAGUGCUGUCAAGCCGGUAUGGUCCUGGGAGGUCGAAAAUUUAAAAAAUUUAACAAAGUUAAGGUUGUGAGAACAUUAGAUGUCGCUCUCCAGCAGCCAGCAACCCUUCAAGAUGAAAGCCAAUCUCUAACCCAAAGGCUGUCCUUUUCUCCAAAUCAAGAAAUACAGUUUGUUCCCCCAAUGAUAAGUGUUUUACGAGGCAUUGAGCCAGAAGUUGUCUAUGCUGGUUAUGACAAUACAAAACCUGAAACACCAAGUUCCUUGCUGACCAGUCUCAAUCAUCUUUGUGAGAGGCAACUUCUUUGUGUAGUCAAGUGGUCAAAAUUGCUACCAGGAUUUCGGAAUUUACAUAUUGAUGAUCAGAUAACUCUCAUCCAGUAUUCCUGGAUGAGUCUAAUGGUUUUUGCAAUGGGAUGGAGAUCAUACAAACAUGUCAGUGGUCAGAUGUUAUAUUUUGCACCAGAUCUGAUUCUAAAUGAACAGAGGAUGAAAGAAUCAUCGUUCUAUUCACUGUGUCUAUCCAUGUGGCAACUCCCACAGGAAUUUGUCAGACUUCAAGUUAGCCAAGAAGAGUUCCUAUGUAUGAAAGCUCUGUUACUUCUCAAUACAAUUCCUUUGGAAGGUCUAAGAAGUCAAAGCCAAUUUGACGAGAUGAGAGCAAAUUACAUUAGAGAACUGGUGAAGGCAAUUGGUUUGCGCCAGAAAGGCGUUGUGGCCAACUCCCAACGUUUCUAUCAACUUACAAAACUGAUGGAUUCCAUGCAUGAUCUAGUGAAACAGCUCCAUCUCUUCUGUCUGAACACAUUUCUCCAGUCCCGUGCACUGAGUGUUGAAUUCCCCGAGAUGAUGUCAGAGGUGAUUGCUGCCCAGCUACCCAAGAUUUUAGCAGGGAUGGUGAAACCUCUUCUCUUUCACAAAAAGUGAAAUGUCUUUUCUCUUAUCAUAGAGAUGAUUUCUGGGUCAUUUUUUGUUUGUUUAUUUUGAUCAAGAUUUUGCAAUGUCAGGACUUCAGUGCAUUUGUCAUACCCUGCCUACUGCUUUAUACUUGUACCAUACACAAACCACUUAAGCUCGAUGUACAUAUUGUGAGUGCCUGAUUCCAUAACUGCACAAAUCACAACCGCCAUAAGAAAUGUUUUGUAAACUUGAGUAGAUUGCUCUUUAGAUGUGCAUAAGAAUGACAAUGAAUAGAGUUUUCAGAUUUCUAACAACAGUUAUCUUAUACAUUUUUCUUACAUAUUACACACUUUCAAAUUUCUGAUAUGACAUGGUGUAAACUUUUUACUUUAAUACGUUGUGUGCAUGGGUACAUGUGGGCAUGUGCGUAAUCCUAAAGAUUUUAAAGGAAUUAAAAUGUUUAUUACCUACAUUUUCUCACAGAUAUUUCACUUUUUUGUUUACUAAUCCACCUCACAGAAACAUCCUUUUAAAGUUGGCUGUCCAAGAUUAAGUAGACAUCACUGCAGGACAUUCAUGAGUAACUGAAGUGCAAGCCACUGAGUAUGGAUUCAUCUUCUUGUCUGUGCUCUUGCUGUAUUGAAAUUCUGAGAUCAGCAUGCUGUUUUCUGCAUCAUUCAGUGCAGUUCUUCAAAAACAGAAAACAUAGGAAAAUUUCAGUAUAUAUUACACCAGAAAUAAUGUGUAUGCAAACCCACUCAGCUUUGGUUUGUGUUAUUUUUCCUUAGAAGUUUGGCACUUAUUAAAGCUAAAUCACUUAAUUGUAAUCUUAAAUUUAUCAACUUUAAAAUUGUGUAUUUCAGAAGCUUGAAAUAGAAAUGUUUUCACUCACUACAACUCUUAAUAAACUUAAUGUUUUGAAUUCCAGUGUUGAAUACUCAAACAAACAUUACCAGCAAAUUAUAGAGAGAUUAAAUGCAAAAAGAAAUAUGACUACAAACAUUUUGAUACACACCAGGCUCAUUUUAAUAUCAUUUAAUAAAGCUACAUAUUUUAUACUUUAAAGGCAUGCUGCUCUAAUUGGGGUAAUGGUAAGAGCUGUUGGGCUAAGUUAGCUUUAUACAUUUUGUACAUUCAAGAAGAACAUCAUGUUUUAUCAUGGAAAAGAAAUACUUGACUAAAAAUGA